AUGACGGUGCACGAAUACCCUAAUGCAGGGAUUGUUUUUGAUCCUGCAAUCGGCGACUUACUCCCGUACCAUGAGCUAGUUGGUGGAUUAACCGUUCCUACUGGAUUUGCUGGCAUGUUUGAGGAGUUAUGGAAAAGAGACGGGGUUAAUGGUCGAGGAUUCGUUCGCAGUUCGUUCACCAGACACCUUAACGACAGACAUUUUCGUACAGCAGAGGCUAAACAAACCUGCAAGGAGAGAAUCGGCAACAACUUGAAUGUUUUUACAGCCUGGGAACGAGUUCUAGGGUCAUUACAGAUGUGGCUCUGCAGUUUAUGCAUGAGUAUGCAUGUAUGGAAAAAACCCUGUCGUCAUUCAAGCCAUCAGGGAAUAAUUGUCUCAGGGCCAUUCAAUGGGCAAUGUGCUGAUUUCCUUAUAUAUGAUAUUACCAAGCCUUUUGCGAAUGCCGAAGACACAACAGACACUGUGGUUGAGAAUACUCCAUCCCUAUCUGUAGAACUGCUCAAUGAAGUCUUUCAAAGGCAAUUUACUACUAUCAAUAGUAUUCCUCCACCUUGUCGACUGAACUUCUCAAUAACUCUUAAAUCAUGCUUGGAUGCUGUCGUAUUAAGUCCCACUGACUUAUCAUCAUGGAUAAAGUUAUUGCUCCUUCCUAUUUGCACUCUCAACCUCUACACUCCUAAGAGCACACCCGAAGAGGGGUCUGGCAAUAGGAAGCUCCUACAAGUUGCUUCUAUCAACCGUGCAAUACUCACCUGGAGAGAACAUAAUGGAUGUGUUACUCUCAUCACCAAACUGUUGGAGGUACCAAAGUGUAAACCAGUGAGCAAACCAAGAAGCAAGAAGACUCAAGAGAGUGCCAAAUUGCAGGCUUGCAGAAAGAAGUUGAAUUUUGGGAAUUAUACAUCGGCUAUUCGAGUUCUCUCGUCAAAUGGUAUUGCACCAUGCAUUACAGAUACACUCAAAGAACUGCAGGAAAAACACCCACAUGCUCACCCUCCUACUAUACCCGCUGAAGCAAUCACUGCUGAUCCCAUUGUUGUAGACACGGGUUCAGUUCUUGGUGCUAUAAAAAACUUCCCCAAAGGAACAUCUUGUGGUAGGGAUGGUCUCAGGGCACAACAUCUACUUGAUGCCAUGAGUGGAGCAUCAAGCGCAGUUGCAGAUGAGCUUGUAACAUCAAUUACAAAGGUGGUAAAUAUCUUACUCGCUGGAAAAUGCCCUGCCAUUCUAGGUGAAUACAUUGCCAGUGCUCCCCUUACGCCGUUGCAGAAACCUGGUGGUGGUCUCAGACCCAUCGCUGUGGGUACCAUAUGGCGCAAGCUAGUUUCCAAAGUUGCAGCUGUGAAAAUUGGAAAGGAAAUGUCUACCUAUUUGGGAGACUACCAGUUUGGUGUGGGAGUGCCAUGUGGUGGAGAAAGUAUCCUCCUUUCCGUCAACAGACUCAUGGAGUUAAAAGGUACAAUGAACAAUAAUUUCAUGUUACUCAUCGACUUCUUGAAUGCAUUUAACAUGGUAGAUCGUACAACACUAAUCCAAGAGGUCAGAUCCCAUUGUCCUGCAAUUGCUCAGUGGGUCGAAUUUUGUUAUGCUAAACCGGCUCGGCUAUACUAUAAUGAGUUCAUCCUAUACUCGGCUAAGGGAGUGCAACUAGGUGACCCCCUUGGUCCGUUGCUCUUCGCGCUUACUCUUCAUCCUGUUGUAUUGAGCAUCGCCUCCAAGUGCAAGUUAGACUUAAAUGCGUGGUACCUCGACGACGGCACCAUUAUUGGUGAUACGUUGGAAGUCUCCAAGGCCUUGGCUAUAAUUCAAUCUGAAGGUGUCCGCAGGGGUCUUCACCUCAACAUCACCAAAACCGAGUUAUUUUGGCCUACACCAGACCCACGGAGUUUAAUUCCAGGCGUUUUUCCGGACAACAUAGGUCGACCCUCAACCGGUGUCAAACUCUUAGGUGGUCCAGUCAGCCUAGAUUUACAAUUUUGCAAGGAAAUGGUGAUGCAGAGAGUUACUAAAACCAUCAACCUCAUGUCAGUCGUCAAGAAGCUCAAGGAUCCGCAAAGCGAACUAUUACUAUUGCGCAGUUGUACUGGGGUCUCAAGAUUAUACUUUACUAUGCGCACAACAAACCCCUUAGCAUUGCAGCAAGCUAUGACUCACUUUGACGAUCACCUCUUUCAAUAUUUGCGACAACUUAUUACUGCAGAUGGGGAAGGUUUUGGUCCAUUGCAAUACCGCAUUGCUACCCUUCCAAUCAAAGACGGAGGUCUUGGCGUGUAUACGAUGCAGGACACCAGCAAUUACUGCUACUUGGCUUCACAGUUUCAAACUAGGGCUAUACAAGAUGUCAUAUUGAAGGACACCUCUACUACCAGCUCAAUCCCAACAUACCAGCAAGCCUUAGCAACCUACAUCCAAGUUUGUGGUCUUACCUCUUCCUCACAUAGCUUUGACGAUACAACCCCUCAUUCUAUGCACUCUCUGGCUGUUUUAUACUUCGAAGCAGUGAAGAAACGGAUACCCACAACCUUUCAUUUGAGUGUACGUGACAGUGUGUUAUGGCAGUGUAACAAGCUUAAGCACGCACAAGAUUAUUUACUUGCCAUACCCAUUGUUGGUUUGAAUCAAACCCUUGGACCCCGUCAGUUCAGAAGUGUUCUCAGCUACCGCCUUGGCAUCCCGCUAUUUCCCGAAGGCAGUCAUUGUUCAAGUUGUAAUAAGGAGAUGGACAUAUUUGGAGACCAUGCCCUACAUUGUGCUAGCGACGUCAGACUCAAAUUCCGGCACGAUCUGGUACGUGACGUUUUUAUGGAUAUAUGUAUCAAAGCCGGUGUCGCAUCACGUAAAGAAGUCGCCUUAGGUUUUAUUUCUGAUGAGAAUGCUGCUUUGAGGCCGGCCGACCUAUUGGUACACAACUGGGAAAACGGCAGAGAUACAUGCUUUGAUGUCACAUGCGUUUCUCCCUUCACUGGGGAUACUCGUUCUUUCACUCCGGGUCAAGCUCUCUCUAGGGCGAUUCUCCGUAAACGCAACAAAUAUUUAGAGAAGUGUGAGUCUCAUGGUUAUGGCUUUCAUAUUCUUGCUUUCACUACAUGUGAACUAAGUGAGGACACAGUGGCUUUUGGUGUUGGUGCCCAGCUUGUAGCUAGGUUACCAACACUUUUCUUGUAA